AUGGAUAUCAAUGACAUUCUGCGCGAGGUCGACCCGAGCUUCGACCCCAUCGGCAGCACUGAGAUCGAAGACCUGCAAGCCCUGACGCGUGCCUGGGUUGCAGAACGUUCCGCACCCGAACUCCUACCGUGGCCCGUCGAUGGCUUGUUUGAGCGUGUCAGCCAGCGCAUCAAGCGCCAGAUCGAGACGGUCGAGGAGCUGACCGGCGACAUGGAUCCAAAGACCAAUUUUGCGCUCAUUGUGAUCCAAACGGAGCUCGAACGCUUCAAAUAUCUUGUCCGCAGCUAUCUGCGUGCGCGAAUUGCCAAGAUCGACAAGCACACGCUCCACUACCUGUCGACUGCGGAGAUGCGUGCGAACCUGUCCGAGACGGAGCUGGCCUAUGCGACUCGGCAUCAGGCCCUUCUGCACAACCACUACCUCUCAUCCUUUCUCGCCUCCUUCCCCCCACCGCUGCAGAACCUUAACGACACGGCCGGCAACAUUAGCAUGAUCGACAGCCCCGAUCUCGACACGGCCGUGUUUGUCCGCCUGCUUCGGGACACCCUGGUGGAGGCCCAUGGUUCCGAUGCCGACAAUAUCGUGCGAGGACUCGCCGGCGACGUCCUCAUUUUACGCUGGUCGGAUGCUAAGCUCCACGUGCAGUCUGGAGAUGCGGAGCUGGUAUGA